CCCUGUCUUCAGUCAUACCAUUGAUGGAGGACAGAUGGAUAGCCGGACAUCCGGUCACCUCUCCUCUUAAACCUUUGGAGAGUUGUCCUUUGUCCUCUGCCGGACACAUAUUAGGAAUCUUAACUUACUCUCUGAAUUCGCUUUCCAUAGAAACGUGAGAUCAGACUGCAGCGUGUCACCAGACUCCUCUGUUGCAUGGUCACACACUCACCAACAUGAGUGCCGAGGGCUAUCAGUACCGAGCGCUGUAUGAUUACAAGAAGGAACGAGACGAAGAUAUUGACUUGCACUUGGGUGAUGUCUUGACUGUGAAUAAAGGGUCCUUAGUAGCUCUUGGAUUCAGUGACGGACAGGAAGCCAGGCCUGAAGAAAUCGGCUGGUUAAAUGGUUAUAAUGAAACCACAGGGGAAAGAGGGGACUUUCCAGGAACUUAUGUUGAAUAUAUUGGAAGGAAAAAAAUCUCGCCUCCCACACCAAAGCCCCGACCACCUCGACCCCUUCCUGUUGCACCAGGUUCUUCGAAAGCUGAAGCAGACAGUGAGCAACAGCAAGCUUUGGCCCUUCCAGAUCUCGCCGAGCAGUUUGCCCCUCCUGACAUUGCCCCGCCUCUUCUCGUGAAGCUAGUGGAAGCCAUUGAAAAGAAAGGUCUGGAAUGUUCAACUCUAUACAGAACACAGAGCUCCAGCAACCCAGCAGAAUUACGACAGCUUCUUGAUUGUGAUGCCGCCUCCAUGGACUUGGAAAUGAUCGAUGUGCAAGUUUUAGGAGACGCUUUUAAACGCUAUCUUGUGGACUUACCGAAUCCUGUCAUUCCAGUAGCCGUUUACAAUGAAAUGAUUUAUUUAGCCCAAGAAGUACAGAGCCCUGAAGAAUAUAUCCAGCUGUUGAAGAAGCUCAUUAGGGCACCUAACAUACCUCAUCAGUAUUGGCUUACGCUUCAGUAUUUGCUAAAACAUUUCUUCAAGCUCUCUCAAACCUCCAGCAAGAAUCUUCUGAGUGCAAGAGUACUCUCUGAACUUUUCAGCCCUCUGCUUUUCAGAUUCCCGGCAGCCAGCUCUGAGAAUACUGAACACCUCAUAAAAGUUAUAGAAAUUUUAAUCUCAACUGAGUGGAAUGAACGACAGCCUGCACCAGCAUUGCCUCCUAAACCACCAAAACCCACUACUGUAGCCAACAACGGUAUGAAUAACAAUAUGUCCUUACAAGAUGCUGAAUGGUACUGGGGAGAUAUCUCAAGGGAAGAAGUGAAUGAAAAACUUCGAGAUACAGCUGAUGGGACCUUUUUGGUACGAGACGCAUCUACUAAAAUGCAUGGUGAUUAUACUCUUACACUAAGGAAAGGAGGAAAUAACAAAUUAAUCAAAAUAUUUCACCAAGAUGGGAAAUAUGGCUUCUCUGACCCACUGACCUUCAACUCUGUGGUUGAACUAAUAAACCACUACCGGAAUGAGUCUCUAGCUCAGUAUAAUCCCAAACUGGACGUAAAGUUACUUUAUCCAGUAUCCAAAUACCAACAGGAUCAAGUUGUCAAAGAAGAUAAUAUUGAAGCUGUAGGAAAAAAGUUACAUGAAUAUAACACUCAAUUUCAAGAAAAAAGUCGGGAAUAUGAUAGAUUAUAUGAAGAUUAUACCCGUACUUCCCAGGAAAUCCAAAUGAAAAGAACAGCUAUUGAAGCCUUUAAUGAAACCAUAAAAAUAUUUGAAGAACAGUGCCAAAGUCAGGAACGGUACAGCAAAGAAUACAUAGAAAAAUUUAAACGUGAAGGCAAUGAGAAAGAAAUACAAAGGAUUAUGCAUAAUUAUGAGAAGUUAAAGUCCCGAAUCAGUGAAAUUGUGGACAGUCGAAGAAGACUGGAGGAAGACUUGAAGAAGCAGGCAGCUGAGUACCGGGAGAUUGACAAACGCAUGAACAGCAUUAAACCAGACCUCAUUCAGCUGAGAAAGACAAGAGACCAAUACUUGAUGUGGUUGACUCAGAAAGGUGUUCGGCAGAAGAAGCUGAAUGAGUGGUUGGGCAAUGAAAAUACGGAAGACCAAUAUUCGCUGGUGGAAGAUGAUGAGGAUUUGCCGCACCACGACGAGAAGACCUGGAAUGUGGGCAGCAGCAACAGAAACAAAGCUGAGAACCUACUCCGAGGGAAACGAGACGGCACCUUCCUGGUCCGGGAGAGCAGCAAACAGGGCUGCUACGCCUGCUCCGUAGUGGUGGACGGCGAAGUCAAGCACUGUGUCAUCAACAAAACGGCCACCGGCUACGGCUUCGCCGAGCCCUAUAACCUGUACGGCUCUCUGAAAGAACUGGUGCUUCAUUACCAGCACACGUCCCUCGUGCAGCACAAUGACUCGCUCAACGUCACACUGGCCUACCCGGUAUACGCACAGCAGAGACGAUGAAGCGCUUGGCCUCGGAUCCUGCUCCUGACCUUCAGCCACUCUGAGGCCUCUGGACAGCACAGGGCUCCUCCUCUCCGGCCUUGACCUGUCGUUGAGCUGCGGAAACGAGGCCAUCUGCCUUCAGAUGGGACAAAAGAGUAGAGGGGAAGACACGCAGCCUAGCACCGUGCGGUGACCCUACGUCUCUGAUCUGGAGCGCUUGUCCUUCCUUCUGUUUUGGGGGGGUUUUUUGUUUGUUGGUUUUGUUUUGGGGGUUUUGUUUUUUUUUUGGUUUAAUUUAAGCCACAACAACACACGACACAAGGAGAAAAAGACAUGCAAAAAUCUCCACGUGCAGGGACAAAGAGGCCUUUAACCAUGGUGCUUGUUCAUGCUUUCUGAAGCUUUACCAGCUCAAAGUGGGGACCUCGGAGACCAGAGGGUGGACAGGCUCCAGAGCCCCGGCCUGCGAGUGCUCGCGCCAGGCUGGCUGGGCCUGGGCCUUGCUGUGCACGGUGGACCCGGACACGUGGCACUGUGGAUUAUUUCCUUUUCUAACAGAUGAACCAUAUGUAGCAGAAAGGCACUUCGGCUCACAAGAGACAUUCUGGGAGACCAUCGGCUCACGUACGUUCAGAGGAAAUUCUGUUGUAGCGGAGUGCCAGAAAGUGUUUUGUUUAGACUUUGAAAAACAAAAAAACGACCCCACCAGUGGAAAAAACAGAGCUUGGAAAACAAGACUUUAAAUGACAUUCAUUAUAUAAAAUAUGUACAUAACAAUGGAUGACUAACUAUCAGAUAGAUAGAUUUGUAUCAAUACCAAAUAGCUUCUGUUUUGUUUUGCUGAAGGCUAAAUACAAAGUGCUAUGCAAUUCUUAAUUGUCAUUGUUAUCUCAAUUUUAAAUGUACCUUCAGAAUAAGCUUCCCCCGCCCAUUUCUGUUGCUUGAAAAUAUUGUCCCUGAUUUUUUUGUUAAUAUUCGUUUGUGAUUCUUUUCCUUUUUUUAAAAAAAAAGAAAUGUACAGGAUGCCAGUAAAAAAAAGAAAAAAAAGCUUCAGAAUUAAAACUAUGAAAUAUUUUACAGUUUUUCUUGUACAGAGUACUUGGCUAUUAGCCCAAGGUUAAAAAGUUCAUAACAGAUUUUUUGGACUAAAUGUUUUGUUGGGCAGUGCCUGAUAAGCUUCAAAGCUGCUUUAUUCAAUAAAAAAAAAGAGAAAGAUAUAUAAAUAUGACAAAGUAUCGCUGAGUUCAACAAUGUUUCAAGACUCUUAAAAUACGGUACCUGGUAAUGUUUGUUUCGUAAAGAAUUGUGAACUUCUUGAAUCAGGGGGUGGGGAGGGGAUGUAGCAAAGGGAUGUACAGGUCGGGCGGCGGGAGGGGUGGCAAGAUGGUAUGCACUUUUCUCAUGAUUGCGGAGAAGUGAGUAACUUAUACUUCAGUCUUUUCCCACUCUCAUUUGCUAGUUACUAUACAUUAAUGACAAGUACAGACCGACUGGGACUCUAACGCGGUGUGGCGGCAGGUCAGAUAAUGUAGUUGGUAGGAAGAAAGUCAGCCUCCUGGGGCGGUGUUCACCUUUAUUUGGAACACUGCAGGGUAUAAUCGCUGCAUUUAGAAUAUGUGUCUCUUUUUAACAUGAGAUUACCCAUUACAACUAAUAAACAUUCAUUUCAGAAAAAGCCAUGACCUGAAAAAAGAUUUUUAUCUGCACAUCUGUUAUUUUCCUACCUUCCCAUUCAACUGAGACCACAAGGCCGAUACCCAUGCUCCGAGCCGCUCCUGUGCUGGGCUCUGGAGAGCUCAGUAAAGGCCACUGCGGGGAUUCCCGACAGUCCUCCUGGGUCAUCCAAGUCAGCGUACGGUUUCCACUUCAGCGUGGGGGAAAGGCAGGGGUCUUAGAGCAUCCUUUCCAACUUGGGGCCAGAGGGAGAGUCUGUCCCGGACUUCCACAUGCCCAGUCCAUUCUGUGUGGCGGCAAGCGUCCGUGUGUGGGGAGGGCCAGAGGAUCGAUGUGACAGUCCCGACCCUGGUAGUUUCCAGUGGAGUCUCACAAGUGCAGUUUUCCUUUGCCAGGAUCGCUUCAGCCACGGCUUUAUUUCAGAUACUCCGGGGAGGGCUUUGUGUCGUGGUUUGCAAUGGUAAUUCCUUUUAAAAACUCUUUUGAAGUAACUGGUCCAGCAGCUGACUUCAACUGCAGAAUGUCGGUCUUACGGCCAGACUGUCAGCCCUGAGACCUGACUGCACUGACCAGACCAUCUCCCUCUCAUCGCCACACGACCGAGGACUGCCCUGCUUGUAAGUGUCGCCUUGAAAACUGUCCCACUUCCCAUGCAAGCCCGCCGCUUCUUUAAGAGUGGUUUAUAAACUAACGUCCUGGUGGGGUCUUUUUUGGUAGCACAUCCAUGGAUGCUGUUAAGUAUAAUUUUCAUUUCACAUUUAAAAUACAAGAUCUGAGAUGGAAUGUUUCGUUAAAAGAUAGUUUUGUUAACAUUUUUGGUUCACCACUCUCCCAAGAUGGCUCGGUCUCUAGGCACCUGCCUUAGUUUUGCAUCUCACAGACGUAAGUGCAGUAGGGCUCUCUCUGAGCAGCCAAGGCAGGCUUCAUCAUUCCCUGUUUAUAGUGAGUUACACUGUAGCCAUGAGGUCACGCCUCUGCCAAAUGCCUUCUGGAUUGCGUGUAGCGUGCCCACCACAUUCGUCCUUCUACACGCUUGACCAGAAGAGCUCUUGGGGUUCGAUUGGUCAUCUCCUAAUAACACUGAGUGGCUCAUGAGUAUGAAUGGAUACAGCAGAGGCACUCCUGAGAACAUGCUUUCAUGCACGCAGUGAUUUUUUCCCCACGCGCUGCAGCAUCCAGAGGCUAAGCUAGCUGCAGCGAGGCUGUGAGGGGGCUGGACAGUGGGAGCACGGGGACCCGAUGCUACCCACAAGAGAAAAAUCCUAACCCUGGGAGAAGGCAAAAAGCAUGUGUUUGCAACAUCUGACAAGUUCACGGCCCUUGAUAUAUGUAUAUAUGUAUAUGUGCAUGGACUGUUUCCAGUACACUUUUCAGCCAAAACAGAUCCACAGUCGUUGGGUUCAAGUACAUAACAAGCACAUGUCUAGUACAACUCUGUGUAUGUGUAUGGGUUGUUUUUUUUUCCUUUGAAGUGGCUUUGUCUUGUCUUCUAAAGGUGAAAAUUGUUGGCAAGUGAAGCGAGAAGUUCAUAAUUCUUUGGCUUUUCUCUGCUUUGUAAAGUUUCUCCUUUCGGUGAGCUGGUCUGGAUGACUUGCUUAACUUGGAAAUCCUCAUUUUCAGUGUGUCGAGUCAAAAUGUGUUUAUGUGAGCUGUCACUGUGGGGAACCAAGUGCUUUGUCAUAUAGCUGAUUAUGAACUAGUCACGUGUCUGGGAGUCCUACUGAUGUUCCUUAAUGGGAGAAAAAUUCUGCUGGUUUUAACACCUGUCCUUUUGCUAUGCAUGGUAUCCAAGGAGUCGGAAAGCAGACCCUGAAAUCUGAGUUCAGGCUCUUUUAAGAAAGGGGCAGUUUAAAGCACGAUGCCUCACAUGGGACAAAGUUCGAAAAUGCCAAAUUCUUAUUUUUUUUUACAAAAUCCAGUUGUGUAAAAUACUAGUACUAUGAGUAGCAAGGGAACAGAAUUGGGUUCAUUGGAAACACUAUCCAACUUAACAUUAAACUUGUCACCAUGAGAUAGCAUUAGCUGCCCAGGAUGCUGCUAUUUAAAAAAAAACAAAAAAAAAGGCAAAACAAAAAAACUCAUUUAUAUGUGUGUAUUUUUUAAAGCUACGAUCUGUUCAAUGUUUUUACAAAUCUGUUUAUAUGACAUUGUUAAAAUAAAGUUGGUCUUUUGACGAGAGGGAGGAUGUCAUGGUCAGUUGCAAUUCUGCCUUUACAAGGCAACUGGGUUGGGGGGUGGGGGGAGUGUGCCUCCUUGACAUUUUGUUCAAGCUAUAGAUUCAGUGGAGCUAUGUCUUGUUGAUUUCAGUUGCUUCGAUGCGUUGUAUUAGGUCUUCAAACAGAAUAAAGGUUGUUUUG